ACAAAUUCUCCCACUUUAAAACUCCUAUUCUCUUUCUUUUAAUUUGUUUAAAAGUUCAAAAGAAGAGGUAACUGAGGAAAGAAACAUAAAAACAGAUUCGAAGUCUUAAAUGGAGAAUCGAAUCCCGAGCCAAAGGAAGGCCUCGUGCUUAUCGGUAAUUCCAUUCCGGUUUACUGUUAGCACGGUUUUAGUAAUAAUUCCCGGUUUGAUUCAGAAACCCCGAUGGGACAAGAGUAGAGAGCAAUUACGUAGAAUUAGAAAAGAAUCUCUCACAGACGACGACGAAGCCGAAGCCGAAGCCGAAGCCGAAGCCGAAGACAGUACAGUAGUUUUCUCUCUCUCUGUCUGUCUCAUCUCAACGCUAGCUUUCACUCACACACAUUCUCUGUUGCGGAAUCACAUUGCUUGACGUCACUCUGAGCCAAGUCAGGAUUUUUCUGUUUCUCCUCGCAGAAAGGUUGUUUCUUUGCAGAUGAAGGCAUCGAUGGAAGAAGAUGAUGAGUGUUUAACCUUAGGAGGUGGUGGUGGUGGUGAUAAAGUGAGGAAGAUUGAAGUCUCUGGUGGGAAUAUAUCACUUGUUGUUGACUUUAGCGGCUCUUUGACUGGGGCUAGUUCCCACAACGCCCUUGAAUCUAAUGGGAGUUGUCUGAAGGAGAACCAAACUCAGGAGUCUCUGGUUGGGAAUCUUGUAUGGGCGAUGACCAAAUCCAAGAAAUGGUGGCCAGGGGAAGUCGUUGGUUACAAAGCUGACGCAAAGGAGAGUUCUUUCAUGGUUAGGUAUCUUGGCGAGGGGCAGCUUGAAUCGUGGUGCGCACCUUCGAAGCUGAGGCCUUUCAAGGAGAGCUUUGAGAGAUUGGCCAGUCAAAGAAACGAUGUGGGGUUUUUCGUCGCGGUGGAGGAAGCUAUGACCUUGUUGAGGAACUCGUUGAGACUUGAGAUGACUUGUUCUUGCAUGUCUGAAAGGAACGGGAAAAAGCCAGCUCGGAAGACAAAGCCUUUGAUCCUGCGUGACUUCUCUCUAGAUCGUUUGGAGCCGAAAGAGUUUGUGACUCGGCUGAAGAAUCUGGCGGAAUGUGUUUCGAGCGGUGGGAUACUCGAGGCCACAGUCAUGCAGAGUAGGCUAUCAGCGUUUUAUAGUUUCUGUGGGCAUAAGCAGAUACCGAUGGAUCAGCUAAACCAAAACGAGGCUAGGAGAAGUUUCAAUGGAUCUAAGAUGGAAGAGAGUGAGUUCGUUGGUUCUCCAUCGGUUGUUGCAGGUAGUCGCAGGAGGAAGUUUCGGAAAGAGUGGUUUAGAAAAUUCGUUAGUGAGGUUGACAACGUGUCUGCGAGAGAGGAUCUUGUUGACACGUCUCCUUCUGAUUUGGUAUCUAAACUCAAGCUGCUUGCUGUGGACUCCUCCACGUGUUCAGAGGAGGCUGAGAAUGUCGGCCUCUUUGAGUGGUUCUUCUCCAAGUUCAGAAUCUCCGUGUUUCACGAUGAAAAUUCUUACAGAAUGCAGUUGGCUAACAUGGCUGGUUUCAACGAUUUGAUGGUAGCUAAAGCUGCAAAUCCAGGUACUGAGCUGAGAACCUCCAAGUCAAAAAAUGUAGGCAAGUCAAAGAUUGGGCCUUUCUGUGGGGUUUCAGUUGCUGGAGCCGAGCAGAAGACAUUUGAGUCGCAGAAGAUCCCAGAGAAGUCAAAGAUUGAGGUUACUGGUGGUGUUUCAGUUGCUAACAUUGAGCAGAAGAACUCAGAGAAGUCAAAAAUCGAGCUUAUUGGUUGUGUUUCAGUUUCUGAUACUGAGCAGAAGAUCUCUGAGUCGCACGAGAACUCAGAGAGGUCAAAGAUGGAGGUUAUUGGUGGUGUUUCAGUGGCUAAUACUGAGCAGAAGACCUUUGAGUUGCAGAAGAACUCAGAGAAGUCGAAGAUCGAGGUUGUUGGUGGUGUUUCAGUUGCUGAUGCAGAUCAGAAGGCAAAUAUCAGAGCUGAAAAGUACCGAACAUAUCAUAGGGCCUCUAAGCCAAAGAUGCCAGGGCUGAAAACGAUCAAAGAUACCAUUAGUCGCUCAGAUUUUUCUAGUUCUGUUGCAAAUGAGCCGUCUCUACAAGGGAAAGCUUGUAUGGCAGAUACACUCAGCAGACCUGCUGCUACCCUUGUACCGGACUUAAACAGUGGAGGCAAUGCUUUAGCUUCUGCAGAAUCUGACCAUUUACAAAAACCGGAGACUUUAGUUCCUCCCAGUCCCCUCCCACAAAAGGAGGAGAGACCAUUUUCUGUGAUGUUAAACUUUCAGGCGGCGGCAGCAGUAGCAGCAGCAGCUCCACGUUCAAUCUACGGAGCCUCGGGAACGGGUUAUGUUUCCAGCCUGACAGAUUUGGAAAGAAGGUUCACGAGCGCAGAUCUUUGCGCUAAAGUCACUGGUACAGAGAAGAAGAAGAGAGGAAGGAAGAGGAAGAAUCCAGAAGCUGCACAUGCCACUAAUGGUAUACCUGACUUAAACGGAACAACUAAAGAGCCAGCUUCGGUUCCGCCUCAAGCUGAGCCUACGCAGCGCAGGAAACGUAGGAAGAAAGAGGAGAUGCCCAACAGAUCAACCAGAGGAAUCACAGUUCUCGUCUUGAAGUUUUCCUCAAAAGAGUCGAUGCCUUCAAAGGACGACUUAACCUCCAUAUUCUCCGCGUUUGGCCCUUUGGAUGCUUCUGAAAUACAUGUCUAUGAAGAACUUAGUGGAGCAGAGGUUGCCUUUGUGAGUAGUGGCGACGCUGUAGAAGCUGUUAAAAGCUUAGACAAAGCUAACCCAUUUGGUGAGAACUUGGUGAGUUUCAGAUUACAGCCGAAACUGAUAAACGUAUACAGAAACAUAGCCCCAAGUAUGCCGGCAAUCUCGCACGUUAGUCCAUUACAGAAACCGAAGAAUCCACCGAUUAGCGUGGAAUCCAUGAAGCAGAAUCUGUUGAUGAUGACUGCAAUGCUGGAUAAAUCCGGGGAUCAUUUAUCAAGAGAGACAAAGGCAAAACUGAAAAGCGAUAUCUCUGCUCUUCUGGAGAAGAUAAGUUCUAUGCCUAGCUCUUCUUCUUCAUCUUCCUGAGCAGCCAUUGACAUAUAUAUCAAUGUGAGCUUCUCAGAUUUUCCAAUGUACCAUGCGUUGUAACUGUUUGGACACUAUCCGUUCUUGUGUUUCCUGUCUUUAGUUUGGGACCGUAGUUGUAGAAUAAGGUUAGGUAUUAGAAGAUGUUGGUGCUGUUAUUAAACAAUUUUCACCUUUUUUUUACCAUAGAGCUUGAAGCUCUGCAGUUAAUUAUCUAAACCCUUCAGGGGCAGUUUUCUA